AUGAAGGUUUUCAAGACGAAAGUAUUGUCGAGGAAUCAGCCAUGGAAGAACAAGAAGAGAAGAAGACGAGAGGAGAGAUCAAGAGAUGAUUAUAGAUCACAACCAAACCAUAUUCCUAUUGAUCUAACCUUAGAGAUACUCUCAAGACUUCCUUGGAAAUCGAUCAUGAGAUAUCGAUGUGUGUCGAAGCUAUGGUCUUCUAUGACCAAACUUCCAAGUUUUAUCAACUCAUUCACGACUCGGUCCACUUCACGAUCGCCGACUCUUCUGGUCACCUUCUCAACACAAUCGGCAAAAUAUGUAUUAUUCUUUCCUACACACCAGGUUCCUGAAGGGUCGACUUAUUCUCCAUUAUACAGUUAUGAAAUAACAAACUUAGAUUGGCACUAUUGGCGAUCCGGGAGCAUCCAGGGAUUGAUUUUAGCAUCCCUAUUCAAGAUUUGGAACCCAACCUUGAGACGGUAUAUAGCCUUACCACAUCCUCCUGGUAAACACAGCCCGGAUCAAAACGGUUGGGCGUCUUAUUUAGGAUACGAUCCAUUGGAGGGUAAACACAAAGUACUUUUUGUACCAUCUGAAGAAUAUACCGAUCAGCCUCUGGUUCUUACAUUGGGUAUUCAAGAAUCAUGGAGACAUAUAACCAAAGGACGUUACCCUGUCCAUCUCCCAACUGGAACACAUGCACAUGGACACGAAUGGAAACGGUUUGUUCUUCAUAUUCCAUGUAAGAGCAUACGGAGGGAUUCUAUACAUUUCACCGGUACUACAGAUGCUGGUGAGUUUAUUUUUGCUCCGUAUAGUUUCUAUCAAGAUUCUUAUAUUCUAUUUUAUGAUCCGAGGAGAAAGACUACUAGAAAAGUCUUCAUUAAAAGAAAUUUGGAUGAGUUUAGACGUCGUUGUGGACUUGAUAGCAAACACAAGUUCACCAUGCAAGUUUUCCCAAAUCACGUCGAGAGUCUCUUUUCUUUAUAG